UCAAAAGAAUGGAAGGGAAGAAAAGUAAACGGAUCCUCGUGGGCUCAUCCUCGAAGAAUUGUUUACCAACCAACCAAGCACAGCAAUUUCUGUUUUCUGUUUUUUGUUUUUUGUUUUUUGUUUUUAAAUUAAAUCAGCUGUGACUGUGACAAAAUUGGCCAAUAUUAGGGUUUUCUUUUGGGUUGGAAUUGUGUAAUAAUUGUCACUGGUUUUAUUUUGGUGCAUCGAUUACUGCUGGACACUUCAACGAUAAUCUCAUCAGUUGUUCGAAUUCAUUUAUAAACAUGUUUUUGAUAUCUGUAUGAAUUAUCUCUCUCCCAGUCCCACCUUCCAAUCAACUCAGAAAGCUUCAAUUCCAUUAAAGAUUCUUGCAGUCUGGAAGGGAUCCGCCAUCAAUGAGGAAGGGAGGCUUCAGCACCAACCUCAAGCUCAAUCUCCCCCAGGAAGACCAAUCCAUAGCCAAGUUCCUAACGCAGAGUGGCACGUUUAGGGAUGGUGAUCUGCUUGUAAACAGAGAUGGGGUUCGGAUUGUUUCUCAGAGCGAAGUUGAGGCACCACCUCCGAUUAAGCCUACCGAUGAUCAGUUGAGUUUAGCAGACAUAGACAUAAUUAAAGUCAUUGGAAAAGGAAAUGGUGGAACUGUGCAAUUAGUUCAGCACAAAUGGACUGCUCAGUUUUUUGCAUUAAAGGUAAUUCAGAUGAAAAUUGAGGAAUCUCACCGCAAGCAGAUUGCUCAAGAACUGAAAAUCAAUCAAUCGGCACAGUGUCCCUAUAUUGUUAUCUGUUACCAAUCUUUUUAUGAUAAUGGGUCUAUAUAUAUCAUCCUAGAGUACAUGGAUGGGGGAUCUUUAGCAGAUUUUCUGAAAAAGGUUAAAAAGAUUCAAGAACCAUAUCUUGCUGCCAUUUGUAAGCAGGUGCUCAAGGGGCUGUUGUACCUUCACCAUGAAAGACACAUCAUCCAUAGGGACUUAAAGCCGUCUAACUUGUUAAUAAAUCAUAGAGGGGAAGUUAAGAUUACUGACUUUGGUGUCAGUGCGAUUAUGGCAAGCACAUCUGGAGAGGCUAAUACUUUCGUUGGCACGUAUAACUAUAUGUCUCCAGAGAGAAUUGUCGGAGCAAGAUAUGACAACAAAAGCGACAUUUGGUGCUUGGGGCUGAUAUUACUUGAGUGUGCAACCGGCAAAUUCCCUUAUUCUCCACCAGGGCAAGAUGGAGGAUGGGUUAACUUUUAUGAGCUUAUGGAAGCCAUUGUCGAGGGUGAACCUCCGUCUGCUCCAUCUGACCAAUUUACUCCCAACUUCUGUGCGUUCAUUUCUGCAUGUGUGCAACAAGACCCAAAAGUUAGACUGUCAGCACGUGAACUUUUGGAACAUCCUUUCAUCAAGAUGUAUGAAGAUACGGCUAUUGACCUGUCAUCUUACUUCAAUGAUGCAGGAUCUCCACUUGCAACUUUUUAAGUUUUACCCGGCUCGCGAGGAAUGGACGAGGAGCAAGCCGCCAUCUCACUUUCUCAUGGAUGCUACUUUGUUUUUACUUCAGUUUGUGUUAAUGAAAGAGGUGUUUCAAUCAAAACUGGAUGCUAGUUGUUCCUUUGCUGGUCACAUUUCAGAUGGUUCUGAUUCUUGUUGAGGAUGAUUCAGAAUGAUACCGGGACGAUGUCGAUGUUAUGUUGUGUAAGAGAUUUCAAAUCGUGACCUUUUUUCUUGUAACAUUUUGUAAUCAUAUUCCACUACUUACCAUGUAAAAUUUGGAGCAUCAAAGAUAAUAAACAUAUAUGUUAUGACA